CUGGCCCUGCAGUCGCUGCCUUAACCCGGCACCAGAGCGCUGAGCUGUGGGGCUGAUCCAGAGAGUGCGUACAACUGGUUCCUAGCUCCGGAGCUAGCUGCCCCAUCACCCUCUCCCUGAGGAUGCUGCUGCCACUGAGCCUGUCCUGGCUGGGCCCGUCCCCAUGGCCGCUGCUGCUGCUUGUCGGGGCCUCCUGGCUGCUGUUCCGAGCCCUGUCCUGGGCCUGGGCCUUCCAGGACAUGUGCCGGCGCCUGCGCUGCUUCCCACAGCCCCCCAAUAGGAGCUGGUUCUGGGGGCACCUGGACCUGGUGAAGGGUAACGAGGAGGGCUUGCAGCUGAUGGAGGCCUUGGGCCGCUCCUUCCAAGAUGUGCAUCUGUGGUGGAUGGGACCCGUGCACCCCGUCUUGAGAAUUGUGCACCCCAAAUUUGUGGCCCCCUUGCUCCAGGCUCCAGCCGAGGUUGCCCCCAAGGACAUGCUGUUCUACGGCUUCCUGAAGCCCUGGCUAGGGGACGGGCUACUGCUGAGCAAAGGGGACAAGUGGAGCCGCCACCGCCGCCUGCUGACGCCCGCCUUCCACUUCCACAUCCUGCGGCCCUACGUGAGGGUCUUCAACCAGAGCACAGACAUCAUGCACGCCAAGUGGAGGCGCCUGGCGGAGGGGGGCAGCGCCCACCUGGACAUGUUCGAGCACAUGAGCCUCAUGACCUUGGACAGUCUGCAGAAAUGCGUCUUCGGGUUCGACAGUGACUGCCAGGAGAGACCCAGCGAGUACAUUGCAGCCAUCCUGGAGCUCAGCGCCCUAGUGGCCAAGAGGUGCCGCCACAUCCUGCUCUUUUGGGACCCCGUGUACCACCUCACGGCCGACGGGCGGCGCUUCCGCCGGGCCUGCCGCCUGGUGCACGCCUUCACUGAUGCCGUGAUCCGCGAGCGCCGCCGCACCCUCCCGUCCGAGGGCCUGGACGAACUGCUUAGGGCCAAGGCCAAGGCCAAGACGCUGGACUUCAUCGAUGUGCUGCUGCUUGCCAGGGAUGAGAACGGGCAACAACUGUCGGACGAGGACAUCAGGGCUGAGGCCAACACCUUCAUGUUCAAGGGACAUGACACCACGGCCAGCGGCCUGUCCUGGGUCCUGUUCAACCUGGCCCAGCACCCGGAGCACCAGGAGCGCUGCCGGGAGGAGGUGGAGGCGCUGCUUCGGGGCCGGGCGACCCAGGAGGUGGAGUGGGACGACCUAGCGCAGCUGCCCUUCCUGACCAUGUGCAUCAAGGAAAGUCUUCGGCUACACCCGCCCGUCAUAGUCAUCUCCCGCUGCUGCUCCCAGGACCUGCCGUUCCCAGAUGGCCGUGUCCUCCCCAAAGGGAACACUUGUUCUGCCAGUAUCUUUGGGGUCCAUCACAACCCGACCGUCUGGCUGGAACCCCAGGUGUAUGAUCCCUACCGCUUUGAGUCCGAAAAAGUCAAGGAAAGGUCCCCAUUGGCCUUCAUCCCCUUCUCCGCGGGGCCCAGGAACUGCAUCGGGCAGACGUUUGCCCUGGCCGAGAUGAAGGUGGUCCUGGCGCUGACCCUGCUGCGCUUCCGUGUGUGGCCGGGGGAGCAGGAGCCUCGCCGGAAGCCGGAGCUCAUCCUGCGAGCUGAGGGCGGCCUCUGGCUAAGGCUGGAGCCACUGGGGGUUUGGGGUGCCAGCCCCACUGGCCCAUGAUGGUCCGUGGUGACCCAUGAUGACCCUUUGAUGAUCCUGUCGACCUAGGAUGACCUGCACUGACCUGUGCAGACACUUGAUAAUAAUAAAGUUGUUUCUUCCC